GCCGAGGAGGGGGAGCGGAGGAGGAGCGCGAGGGUGCGUUGAGGAGAGAGAGAGCGCGGCCAGACCGGGCGCGGGGCUCGUUCUGCCUGUGUAUCCUUGCGCCGCCUCCGCCGCCGCGCUGGGAGGAGGCGGAGGCUGAAUGAGGAGCUGCGUGGAGCCCGCGGAGGAGCCGCCGCCACCGCCACCGCCACCGCAAAGGAGAAUGGAACGAGGCGCUGGUCGCCGACGCCGCCAAGGCACCCCGGAGGGAGAAGUAGCUCUAUAGUGCGGACAGCAAAGGCGGCGCCAGGGAGCGGGGUGGGAGAGAGAGAACUAAGAGAAAGAAGGAAGGAGGGAGGAGGGCCGGCCACCGAUUCUUUCUUCUGUUUCUGCAAAGCCCGAGCAGCAUGACCGUACGGGGCGGCCGCGGCGGCCCCGGCUCCUCUCCGCCUCCUCCCCCUCCUCUGGCUGCUUCGAGCCGGUGAGAGGAGAAAGAGAGAAAGCGAGGAGGAGGAGGAGGGGAAGAUGGGGGCCGUCCUGAGGAGCCUCUUGGCCUGCAGCUUCUGCGUCCUCCUGAGAGGGGCCCCCUUGUUGCUUUAUGCAAAUAGACGGGAUUUACGACUGGUGGAUGCCACCAAUGGCAAAGAGAAUGCUACAAUUGUGGUUGGAGGUUUAGAGGAUGCAGCUGCAGUGGACUUUGUUUUUGACCAUGGCUUAAUAUACUGGAGUGAUGUAAGUGAAGAAGCCAUUAAACGAACAGAAUUUAACAAAACCGAGAGUGUACAGAAUGUAGUCGUUUCUGGAUUAUUAUCCCCUGAUGGACUGGCCUGUGAUUGGUUGGGAGAAAAAUUAUACUGGACAGAUUCUGAAACUAAUCGGAUUGAAGUUUCCAAUUUAGAUGGAACUUUAAGAAAAGUAUUAUUUUGGCAAGAGUUGGACCAGCCAAGAGCUAUUGCUUUGGAUCCUGCAAACGGGUUCAUGUAUUGGACUGACUGGGGAGAAGUUCCAAAGAUAGAACGUGCUGGGAUGGAUGGAUCGAGUCGUUACAUUAUAAUAAACACAGACAUUUACUGGCCAAAUGGAUUAACCUUGGAUUAUGAGGAAGAAAAACUUUAUUGGGCAGAUGCAAAACUUAAUUUUAUUCAUAAAUCAAAUCUGGAUGGAACUAAUCGACAGGCAGUGGUUAGAGGUUCUCUUCCGCAUCCCUUUGCCUUGACGUUAUUUGAAGAUACACUGUACUGGACUGACUGGAAUACACACUCCAUCCUGGCCUGUAAUAAGUACACUGGGGAGGGUUUGCGUGAAGUACAUUCUAACAUUUUCUCCCCCAUGGAUAUACAUGCUUUUAGCCAACAGAGGCAGCCAAAUGCUACAAACCCAUGUGGAAUUGGUAAUGGUGGUUGCUCCCACUUGUGUUUGAUGUCUCCAGUCAAGCCUUUUUAUCAAUGUGCCUGCCCAACUGGAGUGAAACUACUUGAGAACGGGAAAACCUGCAAAGAUGGAGCAACUGAAUUACUACUUUUAGCCCGAAGGACAGACUUAAGGCGAAUUUCUUUGGAUACACCAGACUUUACAGAUAUUGUUCUCCAGUUAGAAGACAUUCGCCAUGCAAUUGCUAUAGACUAUGAUCCUUUAGAAGGAUACAUCUACUGGACUGAUGAUGAAGUGAGGGCUAUACGCCGCUCUUUCAUAGAUGGAUCUGGCAGUCAAUUUGUGGUGACAGCUCAGAUUGCACACCCUGAUGGCAUUGCAGUGGAUUGGGUUGCACGGAAUCUUUACUGGACAGACACAGGCACUGACCGCAUAGAGGUGACAAGGCUCAAUGGAACCAUGAGAAAGAUUUUGAUUUCAGAGGACUUGGAAGAACCCCGAGCUAUAGUGCUGGAUCCCAUGGUUGGGUAUAUGUAUUGGACCGAUUGGGGAGAAAUCCCCAAAAUUGAGCGAGCAGCUUUGGAUGGGUCUGACCGAGUAGUUUUGGUGAAUACAUCUCUUGGGUGGCCAAAUGGUUUAGCUCUGGAUUAUGAUGAAGACAAAAUCUACUGGGGAGAUGCCAAGACAGAUAAGAUUGAAGUUAUGAAUGCAGACGGUACUGGAAGAAGAGUGUUGGUAGAAGACAAGAUUCCCCACAUUUUUGGGUUCACCUUGCUUGGAGACUAUGUCUAUUGGACUGACUGGCAAAGACGUAGUAUUGAACGGGUGCACAAACGAAGUGCUGAAAGGGAAAUCAUCAUAGAUCAGCUGCCUGAUCUUAUGGGCCUAAAAGCCACAAAUGUUCAUCGAAUCAUUGGUUCUAACCCAUGUGCUAAUGAAAAUGGAGGAUGUAGCCAUCUUUGCCUCUUUAGACCUCAGGGACUCCGCUGUGCCUGCCCCAUUGGUUUUGAACUUAUCAGUGACAUGAAGACUUGCAUAGUUCCAGAAGCUUUCCUCUUGUUUUCUCGGAGAGCAGACAUAAGGCGCAUCUCUUUAGAAACGAACAACAACAAUGUAGCCAUCCCACUCACUGGUGUGAAAGAAGCUUCUGCUUUAGAUUUUGAUGUAACAGAUAAUCGUAUUUAUUGGACUGAUAUUUCUCUGAAGACUAUCAGCAGAGCAUUUAUGAAUGGCAGUUCACUGGAGCAUGUGGUGGAAUUUGGCUUGGAUUAUCCAGAAGGCAUGGCUGUAGACUGGCUAGGGAAGAAUUUAUACUGGGCAGACACUGGAACAAAUCGUAUUGAAGUAUCAAAGUUGGAUGGGCAGCAUCGUCAGGUUCUGGUGUGGAAGGACCUAGAUAGCCCCAGAGCUCUUGCAUUAGACCCUGCUGAAGGGUUUAUGUACUGGACUGAAUGGGGUGGGAAACCCAAGAUAGAUAGAGCUGCCAUGGAUGGAAGUGAACGAACUACCUUAGUUCCAAAUGUAGGACGGGCAAAUGGCUUAACUAUUGAUUAUGCUAAAAGAAGACUCUACUGGACAGAUCUGGAUACCAACUUAAUAGAAUCUUCAAAUAUGCUAGGUCUGAAUCGUGAAGUUAUAGCAGAUGAUUUGCCUCAUCCUUUUGGCUUGACACAGUACCAGGAUUAUAUCUACUGGACAGACUGGAGCCGACGUAGCAUUGAACGUGCCAACAAAACCAGUGGCCAAAACCGAACCAUCAUACAGGGUCAUUUGGAUUAUGUGAUGGACAUCUUAGUCUUUCACUCCUCUAGGCAGGCAGGAUGGAAUGAAUGUGCUUCCAGCAAUGGACACUGCUCCCAUCUCUGCUUGGCUGUGCCAGUUGGUGGUUUUGUUUGUGGAUGUCCAGCCCACUACUCACUGAAUAAUGACAACAGGACUUGCAGUGCGCCUACCACUUUCCUGCUCUUCAGUCAAAAGAAUGCCAUCAACCGCAUGGUGAUUGAUGAGCAACAGAGUCCUGAUAUCAUCCUCCCUAUCCACAGCCUGCGGAAUGUUAGAGCCAUUGACUAUGACCCUUUGGACAAACAACUUUAUUGGAUUGACUCACGACAAAAUAUGAUCCGAAAGGCACAGGAAGAUGGUAGCCAGGGUCUUACUGUGGUUGUGAGCUCAGUUCCCAAUCAGAAUCUGGACAUGCAGCCCUAUGACCUCAGCAUUGACAUUUAUAGCCGUUACAUCUACUGGACUUGUGAGGCCACUAAUGUCAUUAAUGUAACAAGACUGGAUGGGAGACCUGUUGGAGUAGUACUCAAAGGAGAUCAAGACCGACCUCGGGCCAUCAUGGUAAACCCAGAGAAAGGGUAUAUGUACUUUACCAAUCUUCAAGAAAGGUCUCCAAAAAUUGAGAGGGCUGCUUUGGAUGGAACAGAAAGAGAAGUCCUCUUUUUCAGUGGCUUAAGUAAACCUAUAGCUUUAGCCCUCGAUAGCCGCUUGGGCAAACUGUUUUGGGCUGAUUCAGAUCUACGGCGAAUUGAAAGUAGUGAUCUCUCAGGUGCCAAUCGAAUAGUUUUAGAAGACUCAAAUAUAUUGCAGCCUGUGGGACUGACUGUGUUUGAAAACUGGCUCUACUGGAUUGAUAGGCAACAGCAAAUGAUUGAAAAAAUCGACAUGACUGGUCGUGAAGGGCGGACCAAGGUCCAGGCUCGAAUUGCCCAACUCAGUGACAUUCAUGCUGUGAAGGAGCUAAACAUUCUGGAAUAUAGACAGCAUCCAUGUUCUCAGGAUAAUGGUGGUUGUUCACACAUUUGUCUUGUGAAAGGAGAUGGUACAACAAGGUGCUCUUGUCCAGUGCAUCUGGUCCUACUUCAGGAUGAACUGUCUUGUGGAGAACCUCCAACAUGCUCUCCUCAGCAGUUUACCUGUUUCACAGGAGAGAUUGACUGUAUCCCUGUGGCUUGGCGAUGUGAUGGAUUCACUGAAUGUGAAGACCACAGUGAUGAGCUAAAUUGCCCUCUCUGCUCAGAGUCCCAAUUUCAGUGUGCUAGUGGGCAGUGCAUUGAUGGUGUCCUUAGGUGCAAUGGAGAUGCAAAUUGCCAAGACAAAUCAGAUGAGAAGAACUGUGAAGUGCUUUGUUUAAUUGAUCAGUUCCGUUGUACCAAUGGACAGUGCAUUGGAAAGCACAAGAAAUGUGAUAAUAAUGUGGACUGCAGUGACAAGUCAGAUGAGCUAGAUUGUUAUCCAACUGAGGAGCCAACUCCACAGGCAACCAAUACAGUUGGCUCAGUGAUUGGAGUGAUCCUCACCAUUUUUGUGUUUGGAGCCAUGUAUUUUAUCUGUCAGAGGGUGUUGUGUCCACGAAUGAAGGGAGAUGGAGAAACAAUGACUAACGACUAUGUUGUUCAUGGACCAGCAUCUGUACCCCUUGGUUAUGUGCCUCAUCCUAGUUCUCUGUCAGGUUCUCUACCAGGAAUGUCUCGUGGUAAAUCAAUGAUUAGUUCCCUCAGUAUCAUGGGUGGAAGCAGUGGACCACCUUAUGACAGGGCUCAUGUCACUGGAGCAUCAUCUAGUAGUUCUUCAAGUACAAAGGGGACCUACUUCCCUGGGAUUUUGAACCCUCCACCAUCACCAGCCACAGAGCGUUCACAUUACACCAUGGAAUUUGGCUAUUCUUCAAACAGUCCUUCUACUCAUAGAUCUUACAGCUACAGACCUUACAGUUACCGCCAUUUUGCACCACCCACCACCCCAUGCAGCACCGACGUCUGUGACAGCGAUUAUGCCCCGAGCCGGAGAAUCACCACAGCAGCCACAACCAAAGGCUACACCAGUGACUUAAAUUACGACUCGGAACCCGUUCCCCCACCUCCCACCCCACGAAGCCAGUAUCUGUCAGCUGAAGAAAACUACGAAAGCUGUCCCCCUUCCCCAUACACAGAGAGGAGCUACUCUCAUCACCUGUACCCCCCUCCGCCAUCGCCCUGCACAGACUCCUCCUGAGAAGGGCCCCCCCCUCCUCUGACUGCCUCUAGUGUAAAAGUGUAAAUACAAAUGGUUGAGAUCUGGAGGGGGGGGAGGGAGCUAUCAGAAAGGUGAGGCAGACCAUGUACAGAUAAGAGUUUUAAAUGGGGUGGGGAAUACUGGAGAUAUUUGUACAGAAGAAAAGGAUAUUUAUAUAUUUUCUUAACAGCAAAGUUGCUGCUUGUGCCAUAAAAAAUUUGUAUAAAAUAAAUUUGUACUAAAAAAUUUUUAUUUUUACAAACUGAACACACAAAACAUGCCUUAAAUCCAGGGAAGUGACUGUGAAUAUACAUAGGAAACAGAAAAACAAAGGUGAAUUGCUGUCUAAUAAGAUGGAGACUUUGUCGAUACCAAAAAAAAAAAAAGGAAAAAUGGUCCAUGACCAUCUCAGAGCAGCAAACCAUAGGUACUUUGAAGUUGCUAAUUAUCCUUCAUGUUAAUGAUGGAGGGAUCAGUAGCUAAAGUUUAAAUUUGGGGUAGGAGAAAGAAAAAUUACUAACAUUUUAAUGAAGGGCUUUGUUUUUGGUAGGUAGGAAUACAGUGAUUUUAGCAAUGAUACUAUACACACACACACGCACACACACUUUUAAAAUAAUCCAUUUUAUGAUGCUUUCUUUUGGGAAGAGUACAUUAAUUGUCCAGUAUCAUGUCACAAAGUUGUGUGUGUUCAUUUAUCACAGAUAUGCACACCCUUCUCUAGCCUGGAAACUCCACCUCUGUUGGAAACUAAUCUUCAGCCAUCUAUGUUUCCUCUUUUCCCUAGCAGUCCUAUGGAUGCUUUAGCCAGGAUACCAUGACUUCUUUUUUUUUUUAAUUUCUUAAACCUAAUAAUAGAGGAGUCUUUAAUUGGAACAUGUUUCAUAAUCUUUUCUAUUUCCCAGUAGGCUCAGUUCUCCAAGUUGACUCUUCUGUGUAAUGUUCACAAGUUAAACAUUUUAUUAGCCAUUUCCCUUCCCCAGAUAUUCUCCCUUCAGUGCUCACAGAUAUGUCAAUAUUUUCUACAAGGUACAAUAGACAAUGUUUAUGAAUGAUAGAUUUACUCUAUUGUAAAUUAAUCAUAUAUCCUUGCAGUACUUUCAGUGUAUAAUAGCACAAUAUAAAUCAUUUUAUAUAAAUAUAUAUCUAUUUUCUGAGUACAAAACAUCAAAACCUAUUGGAGACAAUCUAUGAAAACAGUGAACUCAUUGGAAUGAUUUUCCCAUCUGUAUAUUCACUCUGCUCUUUCAUGUUCAGUAAGCCAGUUUUCUCAGCAUGACUUCUACAUCCCUCUUCUUGUGUGGUAUGAAUGUAAUACUUUAGUGUUUUCCACUGUGAAUAACAGGUUUUUUCAAAUUAUCGUUAACCAAAUUAUUCUUAAUUCACUUCAUGUUUAUUUUUUAAAUAUGUUCUCUCUCCAAACCCAUUUUAAUUGAAAUGGUUGGGUUAGUUAUUUAAACAAGAAAUCUGUUAGGACUGAAUGGGAAGGUUGAACUACUUUAUUGACUCCUUAGCUGCCAAAACUGAGGUGGAAGUGAAAAAGAAAAGCCCUUUUUAUUCCAUCUGCCAAGGUAUCGAGGUUGCUGCUUCCUUAAUCAUCAGGGACAACUUGAUCUUAGCACUGCCCCUUACAUGUUUCCAGUUCUUUCCUGCUACAAAUGAAUAGACUUAAAAGUAACACAUUUUCAUUUUAACUCAUUAAAUUUUAAGAUGGUAUCUAAUUUUGCCACUGUGACAGUGUAGCUCAAAUCUCUGGAUUCUGGUCCCCAAGAGAAAACAAUGUAGGGUGUUCAGUAUUUUUUAGCAGGAAUGAAGUAAUUUUUUAAAGUAAUUGAAGAUACUUAGGUAAGAUCUUUAGAUAACUUUUUUAAAAAUGUGAUUUCUAAAUCAUGCUCAGAUUACUGAAAGCAGAGAACAGGUCCUAGUACUAUAUUUUGCAAAAGUGAUAGCCCAUCAGUUGUCUUACAGUUCAUUCAGGCAGGUGAUGACCCCUUCUUAGCAAUGAAAAAAGCAGUUAUGGUCUUACGGUAGGAUGGACAUUGAAGGUGUAUUGUGUGAUAUUCAAGAGGAACUUGAUCCUCAUGAAAAGAAUAAGGUGAUCAAUAGCUGGGUGUCAAUCAGAAUUUGAGAAUUCUUCGUGUUUACAUUUUUUUAAUAUGCAGCUUUAUCAUGUGGGGUUCAUGUGUGAGAAUUUGCACUAUGUGAACUAAGAAGAAUAUUGCCUUGAUAUAUCUCAGUUCAGGUACUUGUACUGCGAUGGCAAUGGUCUCUUCUUGCAAAAUACUAAUUUGUGUGCCAAUUUUUAUUUGAAAAUCAUUUUAAGGCUAUUCAGCUUAGUUUCAGUAUCCUCUUUCUUCCUUUAAAAUUUUUGAAAUCAUUUUUUGGAUAGGGCAGAAUAGGUAAAUUUGUAUAGAUAUUGUUAGCUCUCAGCCUCGUUGAACAGUUAAACCUAAGUGAACUGCACAUCAGUUAUUGAAGUGGAGAGUUAGUUGGAAAGGAAGAGAAAUGGGCACAGAAAAAGUCAAAUUGGCCAAAUCUGAGAAGGGUUUUGUUUUGAGUCAAAUUCUACAUUUUGAAAUAGGAUUUCUAAGUAGAACAUGAAUAAAAUUCUUUUUGUUUUGCAUUAACAGAGUAGUAUUAAAGUAUUUUGUUUUUUAUAUUGUAAAGUAUGCCUGUCCUGAGUAUUAGCAGCAUAAUGUGUUAGAAGUAGCAUUGGACUGGGAAUCAUUAGACCAGGAUUUUAGUUUUUGUUGUCACAGAAAAUAGGCUGGACCAGAUGACUUCUAAUGGUGCCUUUUAAAGUCUAAGAUUCUUUGAUUUUAAGAUUUAUAUAACACAGCUUUGUGCAAAAAGGCAGCCAAGAUAAAAUGGAUGGAGAGCUGGUGUUGGAACCUGCCAGACAUUGGCGCAAGGUUUAUCUCUGACCCAUGGGGGCCAUAUCAUCUUGUGUGAGUCACCUGCCUGAGAGGCUCAGCACACCAGUGAAAUCACAAAUCUGGUUUCUAUCCCUACCUUGUGUGAACAGGAAGCCAUGAUUGUAUCCUUCAUCAGCAGAAUUUCUUUGCACAGGAAAAUGACAAUUAGAACAUUUAUUUACUUAGUUCAGACCAGUUUAUAAAGGUUGUUGAGGAUAAUUGGGAGGAAAUUUUAACAAGACUUAAGUUUGACUUCAAUUUAUCAUUUUGCAAUCCAAGGUUGGAGAAUUAAAUUCUAACUAAAGCCACUCAUAGUGCCUAAAAUACACAAUAUGCCCAUCAUCAAUGUCAGAUUCUGGAUUCUCACAUUUCUUUAGCACUUUAUGAUUAACAAAGUGCUUUUCUCACAGGGUCAUCCCUUUGAAGUAGGCAUUUUUUACAAAUGAAUAAACAAAUAUAGAGGCUUUAAGUAACUUGCCAAAGGAGACAUAGUAACUCAAAAGCCAGGACUUCUGGCUCAAAAUCCAGUGCACUUUCUACUAUGUGACUUUUUUGUGGCAUUUUUCUGUUUUCAUUGUAAUUGUUAUGAAAAAUUGAAAAUCAUGUCAGUUUUUAGUAUUUAUUCAGCCUUCUAAUAAAACUUUAGUGGUUUGGCGCCGUUAUUCAUGGCACUGGAGGUUUGCCCUAAGAGAUCCUGGAUCUCACAGAUGCCACUGACUUCUUGAAAAUGGUUAUAUGCAUUAAUUGUCAAAGCAUAGAUUUGAUGUUUUUAGUAAAGAAUUUAAGAUUUCUCAUACCUUUAAGACAUCCUUCCCAAAUUGAAAAGGAUCAAUUGGUCUUGCUAGGGCCUUGAACGGAGUACAGGACUAAUAAAACCAGGCAAUAAUUAUCUGAGUAUUCAAAAAGUGCCUGUAUUAGGCAUUUGAGGUAUAGAUAUCCUCAGGGAGUUUAUGGUCAAGGGGUUAAAAAACAUUAAUCUUGAGAAGAAAUCUGUAUUUCUUUCCAAGUCUAACCCCAAAGUAACCCUAGUCUUCCUUGUGUCCACUACUUUGAUAUAUUGUUCAUUGCUCCUACAAGGAAUAAUACUAGCUUGUAUUGCAUCAGUGACUUAUGUGAUAGUAUUUUGUUAAAUAAUUAUUCAUGAUUUAUCAUUUUCCAUUUGAAAUAAGCACAAAAUGAUAGUUAAAUUAAUGUUUGACUGAAAGCUUAAUGAAUUACCCUAGUGGGCAUUAUUAGGGAACUACAUUUAGAUAAAUAGACUAACCUUAAAUCAUAAUUAAACUAAGUUUAAAGCUGGAGGGAAGCUGAGGAUUCCUGUGUUACCUAGAAAGAAAAUGAUUAACUGUGCUCUAUAUGCCCUUGACAAAAUAGAUCGUUUAAACACUUCUGAGUCUGUUACUCAUUGGCAUGUGAGGAAAUGAUCAAAUAAGUACAAAUUUAGGCCAAUCUAUUAUGUAAUUAAUAAUUUCCUUUUGCAUCAGACAGAAAAGUGCUGUCAGGUGCCCAGAGUGAUUGCUGACCAUAGGAGAUUAUAUUCUUGAUAUUUUCACAGCAUAAUUGUUUUUAUGAUGAUACCAAAGAAUUAGACAGUACAUAUUUGCUUAACUGGCCAUGCUUCAUUUUAGUCCAAAGGUUGGUUGUGAUUUAAAAUAUAAAAAAUUUAAUUCUGGUAUCCUAAUAAGAAGUUACAUAUUGAAAACAAAAUAAAACAAUAAAGACUAAUUCUUAAAUCACUGGAAAAUGGUUAAAUUGUUUGGAUUAUUAGGGAAAAUAUAGAUCUAUUUUAUAAAGAAGAUACCAAGAAGCUUAAGCUGGACUAGCCUUGUUUGCAAAUGAAGGAUUUGGUGCUGCUUUCAGAUGUUUAUCUUUGUUUUUUUUUGUCUUCGUUUUUCAUUUUUCUUGAGCUUUAAUCUUUGUCAUUGUCUUAAAGUCAGCUGGUGUUUCUUGUUCAUCGACUUUGGUACGAUGGUGCUUUGCAAGGAUGUAUUUAUAAUAUAAUGACCAACAUUUGGUCAGCCUUUAUCCACUUGUUCACUAUUACACACACACACACACACACACACACACACACACACACACACACACACACUCUUUCUAUCUCUCUCUCUCUUGUAAAAUAAAUGCUUUACUGUACACUGUAUAAAAACACCUUGUAUAAAUCCCUUUUUUGAUUAUUACAAUAAGCUGAGUUGUAACAAAUGAAAUGUUGAUUUUUAUAAUAAAAGAGUGGAAAAAUAUUUGCUUGAAGAAAAUAAAA